AAAUCUCUCUUACAAAAUGUGGAUAGAAUUUUUAAUACUUUUAGCCGUGGCCGGUUAUUUAUUUUAUCGUUGGGCCACCAUAAACAAUAACUUCUUUAAAGAUCGUGGCAUACCGUAUUCGAAACCUACAAUAUUAUUUGGCAAUUUUUUGGAAAUGGUAUUAAGAAAAAAAUCAAUGUUUGAUUUAAUAAUUGAUAUUUACAAUGAACACAAUGGCAAAAUAUAUGGUGUUUUCGAUCAACGUCAACCUCUGUAUUUAAUACGCGAUCCAGAAGUAAUUAAACAAAUUGCAAUUAAGGAUUUCGAUCAUUUUAUCAAUCAUCGUACAAUAUUCGGAGAUGAAAAUGAUGCCGAUCAAAAUAAAAAUUUAUUUGCUGCCUCAUUAUUUAUGAUGAAGGACAACAAAUGGAAGGACAUGCGCAGUACAUUAAGUCCAGUAUUUACGGGUAGUAAAAUGCGUCAAAUGUUUCAACUGAUGAAUGAGGUGGCUCAAGAAACAUUGGCUUAUUUAAAGAAACAGAAUGGUGUAAAUUCUAAUGAUGGCAUUGAUAUGGAUAUAAAAGAUUUUAUAACACGUUUUACUAACGAUAUUAUUGCGUCGACUGCUUUUGGUUUGAAAGUCAAUUCGUAUACCGAUGAAAAAAAUGAGUUUUAUAUGAUGGGCAAGAAAGUGACUACGUUUACUUUUAUACAAAAUUUGAAAUUUAUGUGUUAUGCUAAUUUUAAAAAAAUUAUGAAGCUUUUAAAUGUACAACUUUUCGACAAGAAACAAACCGAUUAUUUUAUGCAUUUGGUUUUGGAUGCCAUGAAAUAUCGCAAAGAACACAAUAUCAUUAGACCCGAUAUGAUUAAUAUGCUAAUGGAAGCCAAAGGUUUGUUAAAGGGCGAUAAUCCUAAACCAGUUAAUCGCGAAUGGAGCGAUGUUGAUAUUGUCGGUCAAUGUUUCCUAUUCUUCUUUGCUGGUUUUGAAACCUCUGCAUCUCUUACAUGCUUUACCGCUCACGAGCUAAUGGAGAAUCCAGAUUGCCAAGAGAAACUCUUGCAAGAAAUUCAAGAUGUUGAACAAAGUCUAGAAGGUAAACCAUUAACAUAUAAUGCAUUGCAAAAUAUGCGCUACUUGGAUAUGGUGGUACAGGAAUGUUUGCGCAAAUGGCCCGGUGCAAUUGCCAUUGAUCGUGUAUGCAAUAAGGAUAUUACAUAUGAUUUGGAUAAUGGUGAAAAACUGGAAUUGAAAAAAGGUGAUGCUUUAUGGAUACCAGUUGUUGGUUUUCAUCGUGAUCCCCAAUAUUUUGAAAAUCCCACCAAAUUUGAUCCUGAAAGAUUUAGUGAAGAGAAUAAAGACCAAAUUAAACCAUUUACCUAUUUGCCUUUCGGCGUUGGUCCACGUAAUUGUAUAGGUUCGCGUUUCGCUCUUUUAGAAACUAAAGUUUUAAUCUAUUAUAUCGUAAGAGAUUUUCAUAUUAAAGCUGCCGAAAAGAGUUGUAUACCUUUGAAGUUAUCACCAAAUGGUUUCCAAUUGAUUCCCAAACAAGGUUUCUGGCUUAAAUUUGCUGCUAGAACUUAAUUACUGUAUAUAAAUAUGUUUGCAUGUAUAUAUUUGUUAUAUUUUUACUAUUUAGAUAAGUUAAUUACAAAGUUUGG